AUGCAGUUGGACCUAACGCGGAUGUCGCACUCGGAGCUGAAGGAUAGUGGGAACAAGUUUUUUGCUGCUUCUGAUAAUAAGAGGGCUAUUGAAUGUUACAGUCUCGCUAUCAAGAAGAAUGGUUCAAUCUCUACUUAUUAUUCGAAUCGUGCCCUCUGUUACUUGCAACUAAAAAUGUACGAUCUGGCGCUCGCCGAUUGCCGUCGAGCACUGGAACUCGACCCGAACAACCUGAAAGCCUUCUUUUUCGCGGGCCAAUGCCACAUGGCCCAGGAACAAUACGAUGAAGCCGUCGCAAAACUCACAAUCGCCCACUCCUUAGCUCUGGAGAACCACAAAAAUUUCGGCGACGACAUCGCCGCCUCCAUUCGACUGGCAAAACGAAAACGAGUUGAACAGCUUGACGAAAAACGCCGACAAGAGGAAAUAGAACUACAAACCUAUCUCAACAAACUGAUUGUUGAGGACGGAGAACGCAAACUCAAGGCCUUAUUCAACUCCAACCAGAGUCAACAAGAAGACAGCGGCAAGGCUGAGCGGGCAGAGGAGGACGAGCAGAAGCAGAGUGACUCCCAGCCGGCCUCUGGACGGACGUCACCAGAAUGCGACAAGGCUGCUGGCGGUGGUGGUGGUGGUGGUGGAGGUCUGCCUGCCGAUGUCUCCAUCCGACCGCCCCAAACUGCCAGCCAAAUCGAGGCAGAAACUGCCAGCAGACUACGCGAAUUGGAUGCGCUGUUUUCACAGGCAACGUUUAUUGAAAUGGAAAAUUGUGAUGAUCUGCCGGCUUUCGGUCUGGAUCACGUUGUCCAUUGGAUUAUGCCUGUGAUCCUUCCCCUUCCCCCCUUCCCCAAGGUUGACGAGAGACGCAUGAAGCGUGAGAUUCCCGAUUACCUCUGCGGUCAAAUCAGUUUCGAGUUGAUGCAGGACCCCGUCAUCACGCCCAGCGGCAUAACCUACGACCGACGGUCGAUACAGGCCCACCUGCGCCAGGUCGGUCACUUUGACCCCAUCACGCGGCAGCCCCUAACCUACGAUCAGCUCAUUCCCAAUCUAGCGAUGAAGGAGGUCGUUUCCAAGUUUUUGGAGGAGAAUCCUUGGGCUGACGGUUUCUGA